UUGAAAUGUGAGCGAGAAUUUUCUUCACGUAUCUCUCGUUUUUCCCCACAGGAACUAGCAAACCUCAUAAAAUAUGUUCUCCGAAAAUUCUUUGCUGCCGUGGAAACCAACAACGCACUUUUUAUUGAAUUAUUAUUUUUCAAGUCUGUUCGUGAGGGUUUCGAAGCGGUUCAAGGUUACGGGACCUUUGAGAACACUAAAAAAUCUUCUAAAUGGAACCCGGAGCUUGAUGACGAAGUUGUUAAGCUGUUUGAGGCUUAUCGAAACGAUCCCGUUCCCAAAGGACGCGAUUUGGCAGAUGUGAUUUUACAUCAGCUGUCGGAUCAGACCAAAACUCGGCGUCAACUAGUUGCACGAUUAAUUUUCCUGAACAUCAUAACUUCGGCAAAAGAAUUGAAGAUGUUGACCGUGCGUGAAAAUCUUCCGAAACGUUCAACGCGUGCCAUAAAUGAGGAUGACGCGGCCGAAUGGACCGAAGAUGAGAUCAUGCGGUUACGAUCUGCCGUAGACGAACAUCAAGGUUCCCGAACAAUGCUGACAGACGUUAUGAACAGCCUAAUCGUGGACCGGGAUUUAGCUGUAAAAAGAAAACAAGAUUUGGCUGAGUCGGAAACGCCCGAACAUUCCGAGGAAGUUAUCAUCCCACCUUUACGCUCCCGUCGCGUUGUGGCUGCUAAGCUUCUCGAGUUAGGCUUCGUCGACGAUCGCAAAGCUCUAGGACGAAAUCCAAGGAAUCGCAACCACCGUCUGAAUGCGGCACGUCGUGGGGCCUUGAAUAUCGACUUGGAUACUUCUGGUGCGGGUAAACCACCGCCACGAAAACGUCGAAGGCGCAAACACAGUGAUUCCAAUUCUGAUGAACUGCAUUUCCCCGAAGAUGACGUUAAUGCGGACGGAAACUCAGAGGAGACAGAGGAGGAAGAACAAGAAUCAGAACGGGACGAGAAUGAGGCUGAAAAGAAUCCACGAAUCUAUGAGACCGCCGAUUCGUCGGACUCUUCUGGAGAGGACAGUUCAGUGAAUCUUCCUAUUCGACCUUUGGCCUUGGAAUCCGACCUCCCUCUGAGACGCCGAGUACGCCUGUCCGAUAGUGAAUCGAAUUCGGACAUCGAACGUCCCUUACAGAUCGUUGCGAACAAUGCUAACGGGCAUUCUGAUUUGGAUGAACAUGGUUCCACCAUAACCGAUAGUAACAGACUUCAAACUAGUGGAGCCCGUCUCCGGUUGGAUUCGCAAUCCUCUGCCGAUGAGCAAUCUGUCGAACACACCAACCUUAUAUUCAAUGAACAACACACAGGACUCGUCGUGGCUGCUCAAAAGCGACGCGUUGUCCUCUCUUCAGAUUCGGAGGAUUGA